GGACUUGACUUGAGGAGUUGCGGUUCGAUGUUUGAAGAUUAAAGCCCGUGAGUUGCGGAGUGGCAGUUUUGCAGAUUGAGGGCUGUUUAAAGCAUCAGGAGUAACAAUAUAGUUAUAUUAUCUCAUCAUCAGAAACUGCAUUAAAACCUCAGAAUGUAUUCCACCGUUGUCGACCCCAAGCCUCAUCAAAUGAUGACGUGCCCAUACAAUAAGGCACAUCAGGUUGAGCAUUAUAGAAUGCACAUUCACUUACAAAAGUGCCGCAAGCAAUAUCCGAAAAUGCCGAAAGUCUCCUGCCCGCUUGACGCUACACAUGUAGUUAAUGAUGCUGAGUUAGAUUUCCACGUCUCAACAUGCCCGAAGCGUUUCCUGUUCGACACUCAAAAGUAUUUAGUUGAAGACGAGGUGGUGCCACGAGAACUGCCGCCUGUACCCGUGGUGCAGACUGAUGAGAACUGGGAGGAGGAGGCGAGCACAUCCUACGUGCCAGAUGUGUCUCGAAAAGGGCCUCACAUCAUCACUAAGAUCAAAGGCGCUACGCCUUCCGAGCGCCGCCAGGCGAGAAUGGAAGGCGUCAAGAAUUAUCGCCCCAUGCCUUCCGCCUCCGAGUAAAAAACCUAAUACCUCUGCCACACACUCGACGAGCGCCGUGGGAAGUAGGCAGAGGCGUAGUGGGGCCGCGCUACUCGUCAUGCCCACCGCUCCCUAUUUUGUCGGUUUUUUUGGAGCAAGUCAAAAGGCCGGUAACAACCUAAUGCGAUACUCGCGCGAGUAGGGCAGUGUGUAGCCACAGAGGGCAACAUCGCGGCAGCGCGAGGAGCAACGCGAGGGGCAUAGUGAGGCAGAGGUAUAACAUGUGUUUUAAGUAUUAUCACUAGCCGGGUCCACACUGACCACACGACUCGCGCGCAAAACGUGCUCAUCAUAGAGGAAUAAGUAUGGGAAGAGUUGUAACUCUAUACAUCAGUAAAUGCAAGUUAUUUGUAGUGACAUCUAGCGUCAACUAGCGUAAAUUAUCAGUACCACUACUCGACACUAGGUGUCAACAGUGUCUCGUCUACCAAAAGUGUAAUAUGAAAACAGUUUACAACUUAUAUUACAAGCACAAAGAAUUGAAAACAGAGUACUGAUUAAUUAUACUACUUAUUAGCUAAAAAAUUCUUGAGAAUUAGACUUUUUGUUCGUCGCCACAUCUAUUGACAAGUAGCAGUACUGACAAUUUACGCUAGUUGACGCGUGACCACUACAAACAACUUGAGUUACAACUCUAUUCCUCUAUGGUUUAGAAUUAGAAAUACCUCAUUAGUUGUACGAAUUUGAAUGUUACAGAAUAAUAUGUACAAAAUGUAUGAUAUGUACAAAUUGAUGAGACUUUCCGUCACAAAAGGGUUUAUUCUUUAAAUGAUGUUCUCAAGCGUCUAAAUAGAAGUUAUAUACAUAUCGUCACUACUUUAAAAAAAAACUUGUAUCUCCGUCUGUCAAUGAAAAGAAAAUUGUAGUAAGUAUGUAUGGAAUGCAUAUAGACUUACUGCGUUUUAACUUUGAGGAGCAGCGUGAGAUACGAGAUUUUUUCAAAGUAGUGACGAUAUGUAUAAAUAAUAUAGUUAGUUAAUUGAUGGAGAAAUCAGUAGGAGUAUGUUAAGCUUAAAAUGUGUGUGAGAUUUAACUACAUUUAUAUAAAUUUGGCAAGUACUACUUAUCAAGAUUUUGAGACGGAAAGGAAUGUACAUUGAGUUUUGAUUUGAAUCAUAAGACCCUUCUGUGCGUGGAAGCCACAAGUUAUAAUAUAAUAUCAUUAAUUAUAUAAGUAAAUUCUUAUAUAAGAAAAGUUAUAUCGUUAAGUUGACUACGUAAUGUUGUUUUUGUAAUUUUUUUAGCAAUUACUUUACAGGAAUUUUUUCUUUUUUUUUCUGUUCAUAUUUUUUCGACGAAGUCUCAGAUAGACAAUGCUAGUAUUAUAUUUAAUAUAGUGCUGUCUCGCUUACGGCUCAGCCACGACAUUGGUCUAAGCGCGACAUCGGUGAGCGGCGGCCAUACAUUGGAGCGAGACGCAGCGAUGGGACUUUUCAUUCGCACGUAUGGCUGCCGCUCACCGCUGCCGCGCUUAGACCAAUGUCGUGGCCGGGCCGUAAAUGUAAGGCCCUCGUAGACGCUCAAUCGGUUUGGCAGCGGGGUGGGGUGGCCCUCGUACGAGCUACUGCGUGAACUCAGGACUCAGGACUAGAGUUGGGCCGAAUAUUCGGUAAAUAUUCGGCGUAUUGGGAAAGUUUUUAAUUGUUCGUAUUCUGCCGAAUAAUUCGGUUGCAUUCCCGAAUAUU